AAUUAUGCAAAUUGAUUUACUACGACUGAGUCGGGAGUUUGUAUGUUAACGUUAUAAUGUGGCAUAUUUAGAUUUUAAAUUUUAAAAAUUUAAAUCGAAGUUUUCAUGAUACAUAAUAUGAGAUAUAUUUUUCUGGAGUCUUUGGAAAUUUAAAAAAUCUUUCAAUUCUAUUUGAUGUCUCCGUGUCUAUUUUUGCCAAGAAGUUCUAAAAUUCGCAUUCUUGUCUUCUGUUUCAGUACGAUUUAUUAACUAAAAGUUUGCAAUGGCGAAUAAUUUAGCUUCUUUGACUACUACUAGAACCUUUCAUCUCAAUAUUCACGUUACAGACUUGCAAACUCAAAAAAGUAUAGAAGUAAACCAGGAAAGCCAUGUUGGUUUUGUGAUGUUAGAAUUGGUAGAAAAAUUAGAUGUAACUGCUGAUUAUUCUGAUCAUGCAUUGUGGUGGCCUGAAAAAAAGAUAUGGCUAACUAAAGCUAGGCUUACUUUGGCAUCGUGUGGUAUAACAAAUGAUGUUCAACUUCUGUUUACUCCUCAACAUAAGAGUAUAAGGCUUCAAUUACCUGACUUACAACGUAUAGAUAUUCGAGUUAAUUUUGCAAUUGAUGUUUUUCAUUCUGUAGCAGAGUUAUGCGCAGAAUUAGGUAUUCGCCAUCCUGAAGAACUUUCAUUUUUAAAGCCAUUUGAGACUGGUACUGGUAAAAAAAGAAGGAAAAGUACAAAAACAAAUGUUUCUGAUGAUAAUAGUUCUCAAGGAAGUCUAGGAAAUGGAACACUUGGUCGUCAGACUUCAUUGCUAAACACACCAAGCUCUCCAAUUUCACAGAAAGGUAAUAGAAAAGGUGGGUCAGAUCAUUCAUUUUCUGGAAGUGACAGUUUAAAUCCAUACAGUACAGCAUUGUCUCCUAUGUUAACGCAUAGUCCCACUACUGUGUCAGCUGAACAAUUAGAAGCACUAGGUCAAGGAAAGUCACUUGUUGAGAGAGCAGUUUUUAAUACAGGAUGGUUAGCAUCUUCUGAAUCCCUUAUGCAACAGGAUAUAAAGGAGUAUGAACAUCUUCUUCUGCGUUUUAAAUACUUCACCUUUUUCGACAUUAAUCCAAAGGUAGAUGAAGUGCGUAUUAAUCAAAUUUAUGAACAAGCAAAAUGGCAAAUUUUAUCAGAAGAUGUUGACUGUACUGAAGAAGAAGCUAUUACUUUUGCUGCGUUACAAUUUCAAGUAAAAGUUGCAUUGCAAAAUCCUCAAACAGGUUUGAAUUCAGACGAGGUUGACGAUAUUGAUUCAGCUCUGAAUGAGUUGCAGAUGACACUUGAAGGUACAACACCUAACACUUCAAAUACUAGUGCAAAUACUUCAAGACCAAUCUUAACCCAUAUUCCAGAAAUGAAAGAUAACUUGAUGAUUAUAAAAAACAAAAAAUUUGGAAAGAAUGUGAAAACCUACUAUUUCCUGUUUAAAGACACGCAUAUAUCUUAUUUUAAGCAGCAGUCAGAGUCAAUGGGACAACCAAUACAAAAAUUUAAUUUAAAAGGUUGUGAUAUUGUUCCUGAGGUAAAUGUUACAAAAAAUAAAUACAAUAUCAAAUUACGUAUUCCUGGUCCUGACAUUUGCGAAGUAGAAUUGGGUUGUUUAUCUGCUGAACAAUAUAUAAAAUGGAUGGCUGCAUGUAGGUUAGCUUCGAAAGGAAAAACCAUGGCUGACCCUUCUUACAAUGUUGAAAUGGCUGGCGUAAAAACAUUUUUAAGCAUGCAAAAUGAUUCCUCUAAAGAUGACUCAGACUAUGCUGCUGGAGAUCAUGCUGGAAUGCAACCUGAAGAUUUUGUUCCUCCCAGACUGUUAGCUAAAUACAAAAGCAAACAGAUAGCAGCUCGUAUUCUUGAGGCACAUUCAUCAUUCUCUAAAUUGGCUUUACAGGAAGCUAAACUUAGUUUUAUCCGCCAAUGGCAAUCAUUGCCAGACUAUGGAAUAACUCGCUUUAACGCAAAGUUUCGUGACAGUAAGAAAAAACAAGAAAUCGUUGGAAUAGGCACCAAUCGAAUAAUGCUGUAUGAUGUAGCUUCGCGUCUCACUGUAAAACAAUGGCGCUACAGUACUAUGAAAAACUGGAAUGUAAAUUGGGAAACUCGAGAAAUGAUUAUAAGUUGUGAAGGAGAUACAGUUGUUUUUUCACUUGUCGGAGGUGAUGUAAGGCUGGUUCACGAAUUUAUUGGAGGUUAUAUUUUCUUGUCUAUGCGUAAAGACGUUAAUGCACCUUUAGACGAUGAAAUGUUCUAUAAGUUGACUGGAGGUUGGAACAUCAUUGGAGGCGGUGAGGGUAAAGAUUGGUCAUCCAAAUUUAGUUUAUAAUAUUUUUUGUGUCUUUUAUUUCUUGGGGAAAAUCGUGUUUAAAAAGCUUUGAUGCUUAAAGUCUGUUCAUUUUUGUACACUUGAGUUAUUAUGACUUUGUUUUUAUAAGCUGUAAUUUUUAAAAAGGGAGUCUUAUUUGAAAUCUUUUUUUGUUUAGACAGCUGGUGCUUUAUGAUUUUAAAAUUUUUUACCGUAUCCUUUUUUAUAUCUGUAUCGACAAUUUUUGUGUCAAUUAUUUCAUAAUAAAGAGAUGGAUGCACCUUUUGUAGAUAUAUUACUCUUAAGUUAUAAAUGUAUAAUAUUUUUUAAGAAAAUUUUAGUUGAAUUUGAA